CCCGCCCCCCCGCGCCCCGCCAGGCCCCGUCGGGCCGCGGCACUCACCUGCAUCCGGCGCGGCGGGGCGGCGGGGCCGGCGGCGGCGGCAGGGCGGCGGCAGGGCGGCGGCGGGCAGCAACGACAUGCAGGCGGCGGCCCGCCGGGGAGCGGGACCGGGCCGGGGACGGAGCCGCGGGGCCGGGGCUCGGGCGGCGCGGAGGGCGGAGGAGACGGAGGAGGGGGCGGGCGCGGGAAGGCGGGAGGCGGGCGGCGGCGGGGCCGGCGGGCGGGCGGGCGGAGGACCGCGGGUACGCGGUGGGCACUGUCACCGCUCACGGCCGGUGUCAACACCUGCCCGCGGCGGGGAACGGCGGCCCGGGGGGACACCGGCAGGUCGUCGGAGCGGCCGAGGUUGGGAAGACACCCCGUUUUUACCUCAUGAGUUUGGUAGCGGCAGCCAGGAGCCCUCUCCGGAGUGGGUGCCGAGGAGGUGGUGGUCCGCAGGUGGGAGCCCCUUUUCUGGGAGAUGCCUUUCAGUGCCCAAAUUUCAGUUGUACAGACCCGUGUGAGACAAGGGAUGCUCUUCCAGGCAGCUGAAGCAAGGAAGCACAGCUGCCUGGGCUCGUGCUGGCCCAAGGAAGGUCCUUUGUGCUGAGAGAGCGGGAAGUGCAGAAGGAGCAAGAGGCUUUGAUAGGAAAUGGGCUUCAGAGCAAUGCUGGCCCCGCGUCGCGGGUGGAUCAUCCCCGGGCUUGACCGGCGCCUCGCUGCCCCGGGGAGCGCCGCGCCGCCCGCCCGGCUCUACGCUGCGGCCGCGAAACCUGCAAAAAGAGGUUCACAGAAGACCAAGCAGGAAGAGACAAAAAAGAAGCAAGUACCCAGGAGGCGGCCACUGUUGACCAAGCCCGUGGAUGAUGUCUACCUGACAUGGCAUUAUCAGCGCCCAUCCUAUGAAGUGGAAAAGGCUGUGGGGAUGCUAAAGAAAUUUCAGGAACUGGACUUCACUUACCCCAAACAGUUUGUCUAUAUUAACGUGUUCCUAGAUAUGGCACUACAGAAGAAGAAAAAAGUGGAACCAUUUACAAGCACUGUCCUUCUUCCAUAUCGCUUUUCAGAUCAAACGAAUAAGGUCUUGGUUUUCACAGAGAAUGAGCAAGAAGCUGAAAUAGCUCGAGAGAACGGAGCUGCUGUUGUGGGAGGAGUUGAAUUAAUCAAAUGGAUUUUGGAAGAUGAAAUCCAAGCAGAUGCUUAUUUAGCUGUUCCUGAAAUAAUGCCUAAGCUAAUACCGUUAAGGAACAAACUUAAACGGAAAUACCCAAAUACAAAAAGAAAUUCCCUGGGCCAUGAUAUUCUCAAAAUGCUGCAACUCUACAGAGACGGUCUUGAGUACGCGGUACAAGACGAGUGUGUAAUCAAGACAAGAAUAGCAAGACUGGAUAUGCCUACUGAGCAGAUAAUUGCGAAUCUAAAAACAGUUAUCAAUGAUAUCUGCACAUUCAAGCCAUUGACUUAUGGCCCUUUUGUGCAGAGGUUGGUGAUUAGAUCUUCCACCAGUGAAGGUUUGCUAUUGAACCUUGAUGGACUUCUACCUCAGGAGGAGAAAGUAGAAGAAAAAGAAGAAGAAAAAGAUGCAGAAGAUAAUGAAGAAGAACAUGUCUCGGAAUCUGCUAGUACCUGACGUCUUUCCUUGUAGAUCUGAUGAUCAAGCUUGGAAAGCAAAGGGUGUAAUUGAAAUCAUACUUUAUGAAAAGAAAAAAAUAAAUCUAACUUGUGAAUUCCACUUGUAAAUUCUGUGUAACAAGAAGCAUUGUCACAAACAGGAGUCUGUUGUCAAGACUGAAGACAUUUAAAUUCUUUUUGUUGGUAGCUGAGAGCUCUCAGGCUUGUGUGUUGGUUUUUUUUUCUUUGCAUAUAACAGUUUUUACUUUAAUAAAAGUAUUUCUGUAACUACUGAA